AUGAUCACGUCCUCUCCACUAGAAUGGGUUACAGUUCGGACAACCCUUCCGUUGUCUCCCCUUCCACUCUUGGGCACUCGCCCAGAAAUUAGGACUGGGCGACUUGUCCUCCGGCGCACACUGGAAAGCGAUCUGGAUGGUUGGCAUGCGCUUCGCCUGCAGCCCGAGGUCAUGAAAUGGACCGGGCAGGGGAAACCUGAUCCAGACAUCGCUUGGUCUAAAGAUAAGCUGAAACAAAGGCUCUCGCCAGACGGUGACUCAAAGUACGAAUACAUCGUGUGCCUAGCCGAAACAGGAGAGAUGAUAGGAACGGCGGGUAGCCACAUGCUGGUCGGGGAACUUGGAUGGCCUGUGAUCGGAUACAUGCUUCGGAAGGAAUUUUGGGGCAAAGGAUAUGCGACAGAACUUGUACAUGCCUUCUUGAAAGCCUGGUGGGCGCUGCCCCGAGCCGAAGUUGACGUGAAGGUAGAGAAGAGCACCGCUGUGGAGGGAGAAGACGGGAAAGUCAGGGAAUGCAUUGUUGCGGUGACUCUUGACAGUAAUACGGCAAGCCAGAGGGUUCUGGCAAAGGCAGACAUGGAGCUUGUUAAAGCCUGGGAGGAAGUUGACAAGCAUGACGAAUCGCUUACCGAGACUCUAUAUGGUUAUGUGGUUAAGCGGCCGUUGUCGUAA